UACCGGGCCGGCCACUUGGCUCUUCCCUGCAACAGAGCCUUACAGGUUCCUCGGUCCAGGGCUGUACAGUCUUCUCUCCUGGCACCAGCAUCUUUAGUGUCCGCAGUCUCUGGUCAUUUCCUGUACUGUGUCCGCAGUCUCUGGUCAAAUGUAUUGUGUCCGCAGUCUCUGGUCAUCUCCUGUACUGUGUCCGCAGUUUCUGGUCAUCUCCUGUACUGUGUCCGCAGUUUCUGGUCAUCUCCUGUAGUAUGUCCACAGUCUCUGGUCAUCUCCUGUAGUAUGUCCGCAGUCUCUGGUCAUCUCCUGUACUAUGUCCGCAGUCUCCGGUCAUCUUCUGUACUAUGUCUGCAGUCUCUAGUCAUCUCCUGUACUGUGUACGCAGUCUCUGGUCAUCUCCUAUACUGUCUGCAAUCUCUGGUCAUCUCCUGUAGUAUGUCCGCAGUCUCUGGUCAUCUCCUGUACUGUGUCCACAGUUUCUGGUCAUCUUCUGUACUGUGUCCGCAGUCUCUGGUCAUCUCCUGUACUGUGUCCACAGUUUCUGGUCAUCUUCUGUACUGUGUCCGCAGU